AUGGCUCCCUUUUGGCUUUCAAUAGGAUACCCCGUAUUCCGUACUUGCGAGGUUCAUCCAUCCAAUCCAUCCAUCCAUCCCGGAGCCUCCAUGACAAUGCAAUUUGCGGCCCGGCUCGUGGGCGUGCCAUUGCGCUCGAGACGAAACAUUGGUCUAGCAAGUGAGGACCGCAUCCUCAACGCCAAGGCGCCCGCGACGAUACGCAGCAAAAGGACCGGCUGCGCGCGCAUGCCAAACCGAAAAGAUAAAUAUAUAUUCUCAUGUGCCUUGUUUCUGGGCGCUGACUUGUCUCCGCCACUGCAAGGCAACGGGCGUUGUUUGUUUUUGUUUGCAAGAACCUCUCUACUGCCUGCACCAAGGCGAUUGAUUGAUUCGUCGCCGCGAUCCCGCGCUGAGCCAGCCCAGCACCGGGUCUUGGAAGGUUUUCAGCGCCUUCAGCACCCCCAGCAGCGCUGUGGACCACCACGUUUGCAUCGUCUUCUCCCCGAAAACCCCCCCUGCAGGCCCAGGACCGCCCAGGACUCCCCUAGCCCACCCAAUCAGCUGCCGGCCCCCAUCACCUGCCUUUCUUCUGCCUCUCUCCUGUUGAUCUCGAGCGCCAAUUCAAGUCGCAUCAACUCAACCUCUAACCGCCCAGCUGCACUCUUGUGCAUCGCCGUCGCGGAUAGACGCCCGCCCUCUUUCCACGCGCAGCCUGUCUUCCCUUCGGCCGACUCCUUCCAUCAGAAACACGAGAAUCUCACCCUCGUCUCUUUUCCUUGGGUUGGCCUGCGCUGGCUGCCUCCCCUCCCUCUCGCAACAACGCCGCCCAUCAUGUCGGCGGCCCUGCAGAGCUCUCGCCAUCAACCGCCACCUGUCCUGACUUCCUCUCCUCUGCCACCGGCCAGCAACCGUCAAUACAUGUCUUCGCACGCCUCUCCGACCCGCGAAUCCUACGGCUCGCUCCCAAUCUCGCCCGCGUCGCAGUCCGCCGGCCGCCCGCCUUCGCGCAAGACCAGCUCAGGUGCAGCCGCCUAUCCCAACGACGUUACCACCACUCUCGCCGCAAGACCUACCACCAACUCUGCCUUCAAUUACAAUAGCCCCCAAGCUGUGCCCUCGGACCCCUUGUCUACCAUGGCCCCCCCGGCGCCCCCCCGGACCUCAUCCAGCUACCAAAAUGGCAACUCCCGCAGAUAUACCCCUGAGAAGCUCACCGACACGUCGAAACAUGUCCACGCCGAACCUAGCAGAAAUGAACAUCGCCACGCUGACCAAAACGGCCACUACGACUCUCCCAAGGCUCGCCGCUCGCCGCCCUCUCACAUUGCUCACCAGGAUGCGUCGAGGCAGACUGGUAGCCGCGAUGGUCGCCAGCAAGAGACUGCCAUACCCAUCCGAACCCAUCAGAGCGACACUCCAAGGCGUACUCCCGAGGCCUCCGAUACCCUUAAUCGCAUCAUCACAAAUCCCGAAGAAAAUUACCGCGUAAGCCCAUCUAGAGAGAGCGCUCCCGCGCCUUCGGUGCCCUCAGGCACGCCCGAUGACCGUCGCCGGCGACAGGAGCACCCACGAAGCCACAGGACCUCGAAAUUCGGCGAUUUCAUCCUCGGAAACACUAUUGGCGAAGGCGAAUUUGGUAAAGUGAAACUCGGAUGGAAGCAAGACAGCAGUGUUCAGGUUGCCAUCAAAUUGAUCAAGAGGGAUACCGUUGGAACAAACCCGUCUCGUCUGGCUAAAAUUCGCCGCGAAGUCACCAUUCUCCGCGGCCUGCACCAUCCCAACAUUGUCCGACUAUUUGACAUGGUUGAGACUGACAGAUAUAUUGGCAUUAUUCUCGAGUAUGCCUCUGGCGGUGAGCUGUUUGACUACAUUUUAAACCACAGAUAUCUCAAGGACGGCUCCGCUCGACGACUAUUUGCCCAGCUCGUCUCUGGCGUAGGCUAUCUGCACAAAAAGGGCAUCGUUCACCGAGACCUCAAGCUUGAGAAUCUGCUUUUGGACAGCAAUCGCAACAUUAUAAUUACGGAUUUUGGUUUUGCCAACACGUUUGAUCCUCACGAGGAUCUUUCAGAAGAGGAGGAGCUCAACCUUCAAGAUCGCGACCAGGUCAAGCGCAUGGGCCUUGACAGAGUACACUCCAAUGGCAUGCGCAAGGGCGAUCUCAUGCAAACCAGCUGCGGCUCCCCUUGCUAUGCUGCGCCCGAGCUUGUUGUUAGCGAUGCCCUGUACACUGGCCGCAAGGUUGACGUUUGGAGCUGCGGUGUUAUUCUGUACGCCAUGCUUGCUGGAUAUCUACCUUUUGACGACGACCCUGCCAAUCCCGAAGGUGACAACAUCAACUUGUUAUACAAAUAUAUCGUGACGACGCCCCUCACCUUUCCCGAAUAUGUUACUCCGCAUGCCCGCGAUCUCCUCCGCCGAAUCCUCGUUCCCAACCCGCGAAAGCGCGCUGACCUCUUCGAGGUUGCCCGUCACAGCUGGCUCAGUGAAUACGCACACAUUGUGGAGUUCAUCACGAGCUCAACCACCUCUCCAUUGGAUGUGCAAAACGGCAACAACGGCAUCGAUGAUUUCGAGACUCCUAUGAUGACGCGCAGCGCAUCAGUUCGCGAGGCCGCCAAGCAGCGAUCCCCUCAGCACGCUGUCGGUGGUCUUUCGAAAGCCCACGCCAAAAUCGACUCUCCUACCGACGUUUCACAUCGUACUACCAAAGACGCCAAGCGUCGUACUGUGCAGGUCGAAUACGUCGCACCAACAACCCAAACACAACGAGGUGUCGACGAGCAAGGUCGUGAUCUCGCAGCUACCUCAUAUUCUGCACCUCGCGACAAGCCUCUUCCAGUGGAACCUGCCUCGAGAGACAAAUAUGGCCGGACUGGACAGCAAAAGGCCCCUCCAGUGUCGAUCAACUCUGGCAAACCUGGAGAUGGCCGGACUGGACCCGACAACACCUACUUGGCCGGUGGAAGCUCAGGCGCACGACCGCAGACGGGAGGCUCCAUGCAAUCUACUGGGUCUAUGGGUCUGCAAUCCCGAGUGCUCAACUACGGACAGCCUGCUCCGCCAACUGUCGAGAAUACCAACGCGCAAGGUCGCAUUCAGCAGCCGGCUCAUCCCGAUGACGAACUGGCGGGCCGCAACAAUGUGGCCGUGCCACCCAAGUUUGCUCGUGUAUCUGGCUUCAACGAUUCUCCUCGUCCUGUGGGUGAGGUCCGUGGCCACAAACGGUCGAGCACGCUCGGCGAUCUCGGCAACAAAAUCCUCGGCCGAAGCGGCUCAGUUUUCGGUAAGAAGGGCAAGCGUCCGGAGCCUCAAAUGGCAGAGAAGAAGAAGUACCCCCCCAUCAGCAUUGCCAACAACAUGGCUGGUGAGGAGCCUGGUCGGGCUUCCAUGGAUUCCAAGUUUUCUGGCGGCCGUCGCUCAUUUUCUCUUGGUCUCGGUAAGAAGCGCAGUGGCAGUAUCGCACCUUCACAAGGCUCCGAGGAGAAGAAGGACAAGCGCCGGUUCUCUCUACUCCCAGCAUCAUUUUCCCUCAAGGCUAUUGGCUUAGGCAAGGGCAGUGGCGAUCUGACUCCAUCCGAUGCGGGAUCGCGAAACGACCUGCCGAUUCAAGAUCCCCGGGCCGACCAUGCAAGAAACUUCACUGCCCCGGGCGAUGCCCGAGGCAGCACUCCGUUUUUUGACGAUUUGCCUGCCAACAACACCUUUACACAACCGCCCACGAGUUCGAGCCCCGGCCACCAGCGAUAUCAGUCGGCGCAACUGGACGGACGCCCAGUGGACGCGAUCCCCACGUACAUUCGGCGAGGAUCGCAACACAGGAACGGCUCACAAUCGCCUGCGGAUAUGCGUCGACCACCCACGGAGCCCCAAGUUGGAUCGUACCGCUCUGGCCUACAUACUCCAGAAGGCUAUGAUGGCCGUCGAGUUGGCACAAGCGGUGGGCACCCGCACCGCGGGACGCUCCAGAAGAGCAACAAGCGAUUUACGGAUGCCUACGAACAAGACGGAUUCCAAGGACACGAGGGCAGCAGCGGGCUAGGGGCGGUGACGAGUGAGCAAAACAACGAUGUACGACAAAGGCGACACGUACUCGAGUGUCCGACGAAGCUAGCCGCUGUCGCGAGCAAGCGCCACACGCGUCACCCUCACGAUUUGAGUACUUGCAGCUCGGGAUUUGGACGCAUGGCCACCUGGCCCGAGGCGGCCGACCCGACUGUUAAAAUAGCCUCGAUACGAUUCAAUACCUGUUUCAAGACGAUACAUAUCGAUGAUACGUGGCUCAAUAUCACCCUCGACAAUAGCGGGCAUUUCGAUGAGCCACGGGCGAACGUGUCGAAGAACAAAUAUGGAGUCAGAGGUAGAACAAUGAAGUUGGAAGCUUAA